AUGGAGAAAUUAUUCCGUGAAGUUAUCAACCCUAACACUAAUAAAAUUAUAGCAAUUGGUAAGAAUUAUCUUGCUCCUAAUGAAUAACCUCCUGCUGAACCUAUUAUCUUCUAAAAGCCCUUUAGUUCUAUUGUUCCUCCAGGUGUAACUCAUUUUUCAUUCCCAAAUAAUGGUCGUGAUGUUCUCCAUGAGAUUGAACUUGGAGUUAUGAUUGGAAGAGGUGGUCGUAAUAUUAAAUAAGAAGAUGCUCUCACUCACGUUGGUGGCUAUUUCCUUGGAUUAGACUUGACCGAUAAGUAAUAUUUCCUCUCCUCUAGAGAAAAGGGAUUACCUUGGGAUUUAGCUAAAGGUUAAGAUAAGUUCUUCCCUAUCAGUGAAUUCAUACCAGUUGAUAAAGUCAAGGAUCCUCAUAAUUUGAUUUUAGAACUUACUAUAAAUGGAAAAGUAGUCUAACGUGAUUUGACAGGCUCUAUGCAUUACAAAGUAGAUAAAUUGAUUAGCUACAGUUCUGAAUUUAUGACUCUUAACCCUGGUGAUUUAUUCUUAACUGGUACUCCUGGCGGUGUUGGCCUUAUAAAAAACGGUGAUAUUGUAGAUGCAGUCCUUCUCUAAGGUAACGAAGUUAUUGCACGUAUUCACAUUGAAUUAACUGCUCCAGUUAUGCAAGCUAGACUUUGA